AUGGCCGUCCCGGCAGGGGCCGCGGUCGCCAGCGCCGCCGUGGUGGCGGUGCUCUCGGCCGCGCUGGCGCUCUACGGGCCGCCGCUGGAUGCAGUGUUAAAAAGAGCAUUUUCGCUGCAUAAAGCACACUCAGUAAAGGACAUGGAAAAUACUUUACAGCUGGUGAGAAACGUGGUACCUCCUCUAACCACCAAGAAGCACAAAGGGCAGGAUGGAAGGAUCGGUGUGGUGGGAGGCUGCCGGGAGUACACUGGAGCCCCCUAUUUUGCAGCAAUCUCAGCUCUCAAAGUGGGCGCGGACCUGUCCCACGUGUUCUGCACCCAGGAAGCCGCGCCCGUGAUCAAGUCCUACAGCCCGGAGCUGAUCGUGCACCCCGUCCUAGACAGCCCUGAUGCUGUCCGCGAUGUGGAGCAGUGGCUGCCCCGACUGCACGCCCUGGUGGUGGGGCCUGGCCUCGGCAGAGACGACGCUCUUCUGGAGAAUGUCAAGGGCAUUCUAGAAGCGUCCAAGGCCAGGGGCGUCCCCGUGGUCAUCGACGCAGACGGGCUCUGGCUCCUCGCCCAGCAGCCGGCGCUCAUCCAGGGCUACCGGAAGGCGGUCCUCACCCCCAACCACGUGGAGUUUGGCAGACUGUCCGAGGCUGUGCUGGGGGCGCCCCUGGAUGGCGGAGACCGUCAUGGAGCUGUGCUGAGACUCAGCCAGGCCCUGGGCAACGUCACCGUGGUGCAAAAGGGGGAGCAGGACGUGAUCUCUGAUGGCGAGCAGGUGCUUGUGUGCAGCCAGGAGGGCAGUGGCCGCAGGUGCGGGGGUCAGGGGGACCUCCUGUCUGGCUCCCUGGGAGUCCUGGCACACUGGGCCCUCCGUGCGGGCCCUGAGAAGACUGGCGGGCCCAGCCCGCUGCUUGUGGCCGCCUUCGGCGCCUGCGCCCUCACCCGGCAAUGCAGCCAGCAGGCCUUCCAGAAGCACGGACGCGCCACCACCACCUCUGACAUGGUCGCCGAGGUCGGGCCUGCGUUCCGCAGGCUCUUCGAGGCCUGA